AUGUUUACGCUGAAUGAUGUUCGCACUGUCAAGAAGCUUGACUUGCCUGCGCAAACGCUAGUAAUGUCAGAGAUGUCCAACAAGUAUAAACAUCUGAAGGGACUGCCAGUAGAGUCUUACAAAGACGUGGUGCCACAAAUCAUUAUCGGGGUGAACAACAAGCAUGUGGCCAUGCCACUGAAGUUCAGAGAGGGAAAAAGUCACGAACCCGCUGCAACAAAAACUCGUCUGGGGUGGACAGUGUACGGAACCGUUACAGAUCAGGACCAUUAUAAAAACAACGACCUGCAGUUGCAUGUAUGUGAAUGCGACAACAACAUAGCUCUCGACAAGCUCGUGAAAGAAAGCAUGAAACUUGAAAACUUAGAACCACAUGUAGUGGCACGUAUACAUGAGAAGACUAGCCAGCAAGACAUACUAGAGAAGUGCGUUACGCGAACGGGCGAUCACUUUACAACCCGUUUAUUGUGGCGCUCUGAUAAUAUAGUAUUGCCGAACAAUUUUGAAUCCGCCAUGCGCAGACUUGUCUGUUUCGAGAAGAAGUUAAACAAAGAUGACGAUUUAAAAAAUCGAGUAAAUUCCCUAAUAAAUCGUAUGGAACAAAAGCAAUACAUCCGGAAGCUCAGCGAUAACGAAAUUAAUCAAGAUUUUAAACGUAAAUGGUAUUUGCCCAUAUUUGCGGUGAAUAAUCCAAACAAGCCCAAUAAGACGCGAGUAGUAUGGGACGCAGCAGCUGAGCACCAGGGAAGGUCUCUCAAUUGCUGCCUCGAGAAGGGACCGGAUCUACAGCGACCAUUGAUACAUGUACUGUUCAACUUUCGCAUAGGAAAAAUUGGCAUUCGUGGUGAUAUAUCCGAGAUGUUUCACAGGAUUAGUGUGCAUGAUGAGGACCAGCAUUCUCAGCGCUUUCUUUGGCGUAAUUGUGAUUCGAGUCGAGAUCCAAACACAUACCUGUUACAGGUUAUGUCAUUCGGUGCUACUUGUUCACCCUCAAUCGCCCAGUACGUUCGUAGUAGGAAUGCGAGGGAGAAUGCCGACGAGUUCCCACGAGCUGCUAAGUCAAUAACAGAAAGGCAUUACGUAGAUGACAUGUUGGAUAGUGUUGAAACCGCAGAGGAGGCUGUCAAGUUAAUCAAGGACGUGAUUGAGGUGCACAAACGAGGCAACUUCCAUAUUAGAGGAUGGCUUACUAAUUCGAAUCAUGUAGCUGGCGCCCUGGGAAAUGCUGGUUCAAGUGACGAUUUUUGUACCGCUGGAAAAACGAUCGACCAAGUUAUAGAGCCAGAGAAGGUACUCCGAUUAUGGUGGAGAACGAGUGUAGAUGUGUUUACCUUCAGUACAAGGUUCACUAAAGCAGGCAAAGAGAUUUUAGGCGGACAAAAGCUGCCAACUAAAAGAGAAAUCCCGCGAUUGCUCAUGUCAGUCUAUGAUCCUCUAGGAUUCUUAUCAUUCUACACUAUCCGUUUAAAAAUUGUGCUACAGAACAUUUGGCGAAGUGGUAUCGAUUGGGAUGACCAAAUUCCUGAAGAGUAUGUGAACGCGUGGCAGCAGUGGUUAUCUUUUUUUGAGCAGGUCAAACAAGUUCAGGUUCCCAGAUGCUAUUUCGGUAAGAUGUCAAACAAUAAUUGCAAGAUAGAAUUGCACGUAUUCGUGGACGCUAGCGAGGUGGCAAAUGCAGCGGUGGCUUAUUUCAGCAUUACAAGGGAAGACGAAGUUCAGGUUGCUCAUGUUAGCUCAAGGACUAAGGUAGCACCCUUGCGACCUAUCUCAAUUCCCCGCAUGGAACUACUCGCCGCCGUACUGGGAUCCCGUCUUGCUACUGAAAUCACCAAGGGUCAUGACUUCAAGAUUCAUAAAGCGUAUUUUUAUACUGAUUCGAGAACAGUGCUUACAUGGCUGAAAUCAGACCCACGAAAGUACAAACAAUUUGUUAUGUUUAGAGUCGCUGAAAUUCAAGAGCAUACAAACGUUACAGAAUGGAGCUACAUCCCAUCAAAAUUAAAUGUAGCAGAUGCUGCCACGAAGUGGAAGAGUACCACAGAGUUUAGCCCAACCAGUACUUGGUUCGCUGGGCCAGAAUUUCUACAUUCGCCGCGUGUAAAAUGGCCUAAAUACAAUUAUGAUAUUGACAUGGAACAUUUCAAAGAUGCUGAUUUAAAUCCGCACGUAGAGUAUAUUGGCGCUCAUAUAGAGAGUCAACCACUCAUUGAUCCAACUCGUUUUUCGAAGUGGGAACGUCUUGAGAGGUGCAUGGCAUACGUUAAACGUUUUGCAGAUAAAUGUAAAGACAAGAUACGAGGAUUAACCAGCUCGGAGGUAGGAUCCGAAAGCUUAACCACCGAGGAACUAUACUGGAGUCAAUGCCACCUUUAUCGGCUCGCGCAGGCCGAUGCAUAUUUUGAAGAGUUUAAGUUGCUUAAGGGUGACCCAGGUUGCAACUUGCCAAAACAUUGUGUUUUACGAAAGCUGACACCUUUUGUUGACGAAAACAACCUUAUACGUCGAUGUGGUCGCCUAGAGAAUGCACCAAUUAAGGAUGCAGUAAAAAAUCCGAUAAUAUUACCCAAGAACCACAAAAUUACACAACUGAUUAUUGAAUGGUAUCAUCGUAAAUAUAGGCAUGUCCACCACGAGACUGUAAUCAACGAAAUGUUUCAGCGGUUUUAUAUACCAAGCUUGCGUCGUGCAUUACGCACAGAGCGUCACAAUUGUCAAUACUGUAAGUUGUACCAUGCUAAGCCAGUACCACCAAAAAUGGGUUUGUUACCUGAGGCACGUUUAUCCCCGUAUACACGACCAUAUUCAUUUGUUGGAAUAGAUUUUUUCGGACCAUUCCUGUUACCAUUGGGAGGCGUUCGGAGAAACGAUAUGGAGUUUUAUUUACUUGUAUGA